AAAGCCAGUCAGUGUUGGUGUCGACUCCGCGUGGCAAAGAGCUGCGUCCCGUGUCGAGUCUCCGAGGGUGUGUGGCAGUCUUCCUCUCUCCGUGAAACUUGAAUAUAUAAAAGUGGAUGCUUCCUUAGUGUUCUCGAAGUAAGGAACUUUUGUAAAACUUUCAUUCAUACACACUGACUGAAAAUCUUCGUGUAUAUUUCUUUCCCUGCUUCAUUAACCAACUCUCUGGAAAAUUACAAAAAAAUACGAUAAUGGAUGAUUCACUGGUACAUGAAACUUAAGGAAGAUACAGAAAUACUUGCAUGUACUAGUGAUUGAUUGGUGCGGGGAUUCAACCUGCUCCAGUUCACGGUGCAUUAACAUGGAGAGGAUUAGCAGCAUCCCGUUUUGGUGACCCGCGCUAUCUCCUUCUUGUGUGUGUGUGUGUGUGUGUGUGUGUGUGUGUGUGUGUGUGUGUGUGUGUGUGUGUGUGUGUGUGUGUGUGUGUGUGAGCGGUAUGAGAGAAGGAGGCGCAGCGUGGGAGAGGUUCGCGGGUCCCCAGUGCCGCUCUGGUGCCUCCACAGUGCCAAUCAUGGUCUUCCUGCGUCCCCUCGUCUUCGUCACCUUUUACGCCAUCGCCAUGACCACCGUGCGCUCGCAGGAAGAAGAAGCAGUGUGGUCAGUGACGGGCGUCCCGGGCAGAUCUAGCGACCUGCCCUGCUACCUCAACCCUCGCACGCCGGGGGACAGACCAAAGCUGAUCCUGUGGUAUAAGAGAGGGAUCCGCACACCAGUCUUCACUUACGAUGGUCGCGAGCCGCAGCUUCAGUCGGGGACGCACGAGGCUGUUGGGGCGCUAACGCUGAGUGGAGGCGCUGCCACCCUGACCUUGACCAGCGUGGGCGAAGACUCCGGCGGUCUAUAUGAGUGUCGGGUGGAUUUCUUCAAGUCCCCGACCCACACCAGUCUCGUGAACCUGACCAUCAUUGAGCCGCCAAGGAGCGUCGAGGUGCUAGACAGCCAGACAGGGCGGGCAGAGAAUGGUAUUGUAGGUCCCUACCAUGAGGGCCAGAAGGUUAUCCUCACCUGCAUAUCAUGGAGAGGCACACCGCUCCCUAACGUGACGUGGUGGCGGGAGGAGCGGCUGCUGGACGAGACAUGGGAGGUGGGAGACGAGGGGCGGCAGCAAGUAAACAACUCCAUAAUGGUGGAAAGGCUGACGCGGGAGUGGCACAACGCGACUCUCACCUGCGCCGCCACCAACACGCCCCUCGCUGAGCCCGUCACCGCCUCCGUCACCAUCAAGAUGUUUCUGUUGCCAACUAGCGUGGUGAUUCGAGGUCCAGGCGCUGUGCGGGAGGGAAGUCAAGCUGAACUCUUGUGCACCUCGUCAGGGUCACGCCCACCUGCUAUGCUCACCUGGGCCUUUAAGGGGAGGACUGUGGAGGCGGUGCAACUGAACCAGGGGUAUGUUGGGGGCGGUAGCGAGGUGAGCACUGCGCGCCUGCUGGUGAACGUGACGCGGGAACAUAACGGCACGAGGGUCGCUUGUGUUGCCAUCAACCCUGCCAGGCCAGAGUCCCCGCUCACCAACACCACCACGCUCACCGUCCACUACCCGCCCAGAGUGGCCGCCACGAUGGGCCAGAACGUGGACCCGUCGCGUCUCAAGGUGAGAGAUGAUGUGUACUUUGACUGCAUCGUGUCAGCUAACCCCGACGCCUCCCCAAUCACCUGGUACCACGAGGGCCGUGUGUUGAUUCAGAACGUGACGGGCGGAGUGAUCUUGGCGGGCAACUCGCUGGCUUUACAAGGUGUGAAGCGGCAGCAAGCGGGGCGCUACACGUGCUCUGCCACCAAUCCUCUCGGCACAGCCACCAGCGACCCCGUCACUCUCAAGAUCAAAUACUCCCCUGUGUGUCUCUCCUCGCCCACCGCCUAUUUCAUCUACGAUAAACCCAUCAACAUCACCUGCACGGUCUCCUCCUACCCCGCCGUGAGCUUCAUCCUGUGGCAGUGGAACAACAGUAACGAGGUCAUUGAAACCCCGUCGCUGGAGGUGAGUCACGACGAGGCUUCCGCCCAGAUGACAGUCCACCCACUUCAGAGCCAGGAGGACCGCGCGCUCUCCUGCUGGGCUGUCAACGAGAUGGGGAAGCAGACCCAACCCUGUGGUUUUUCUGUCAAAGUCGCCAAGACUCCACUGCCGCUGUCGUCGUGUCGUCUUGCCAACAUCACCGCCUCGUCCCUCAGCCUCACCUGCCAGCGUCCCGACGUGGACGCCGCUGGCACCAUUCACUACAGGGCCGAGGUCUAUUUCGAGAACAGAACGCUCUUUGCCAACGUCACGUCGGAACGCCCCAACUUCAACGUGAGCUGCCUAGAUGCUGAGACCAGCUACCAGAUCAAGGUAUACGUGACGCACGGUCCCAUUACCUCCCAACCCGUGGUCGUGUCAGCCUACACCUCCCGCACCUCCAGGACCCCACCAGGUGCAGCGAAAGGCGGGAAAGGGGGUGGAUCGGUGGGCGGUGUGGUGGGCGGCGUGGUCGUGACGCUGGUGCUGCUGGCGGGCGUGGUAGCGGCUAGAAACUACUGUAAGAGGAAGAGAAGUCGCAGGAAGCAGGAACAACGCCCCCCUUCAGACGAUAGUAACCCUGACGUGGUCCCAAACAUCGAAGAGACCUAUGACCUGCUGUCCGCCGCAGAGAAGAAGGUGGACGUCACGCUGUACGAGGUGGUGGAGAGCUCCGUGCACGACGACCUGCCCAUGCACUCCCUCGGGCAAAGCUCAGACGCGUACCGGCCCCUGGUGAGGCAACAACACUCACCGAAGGAUGUGGAGGAUUACCCAGGUGUAAGGGGUGACAUGUACUGCCCGGUGGACCAGAUGAUGCAGGCUGAGGAGAGCGUGGUAUGAGCCGAGGCCACCAGGGAUGGAGGCCACACUGAGGAAGAAAGAUAAAGAGUGUUUAACCCUAAGAGGAGCUAUCCAAGAGUCUUCCCACUAAGUUAUCAUAAGAGCAUAAGAGCGUAAAAAAUAAGGGAAACCACAAAAAGCCAUCAGGUCUAGACGUGGCAGUCCCUGAGAAGAUUAAAAGAUUUUAAAUACUGCAUGAUGGGGAAGAAAUAUCAUGUAUAUUUCUCUAAGGUAUGAUCUCAAGCAGUUGAUAAGAGGCGACUAAAGUUUCAGGCUAAGAAGAUGUUUUAACUCGCCUUCACCUCCAUGUGUGGCGAAAGAAACGUCAGGUGAGGCUUCGUCCUUCUAUUUCCUUUAUCCCUUAUUUUAUUAAUGAAGAAGACUAUGGAAAGAAGAUUAAUACUUAAAGCAAUUGUCAAGAUCGUGGAACAUGGCAAAUCUGUUUAGAGGAGUGAGUUGUGAGCGUCACGUGACGGCGGGAAGCAGUGCGGGCAGGUGUGGACGGUGAACUAGACAUUUCAGAUCAGGAUCUUAAUUCGGCACUAUUUACAGUGCUGCAAUAUCGACCUGCCUGCACGACCUCGUUCGCACGUCAUUCGGUGCUAAACGCAAACAGUGGUUCCAUUCCCUACAAUACUGUGUGUUCUGAUGGCCGCGUUACGAGGCUGCAGGAGUGCUGGAUUGCAGCCCCACACACUGGUGCGGCGGAAUUCUAGUGGCACCCCUCCACCAUACAUGUGUGAGGUUCAGUGUGUCACGUCACGUCUGCUAGUCAGGAUACCUAGGCGGCCAGGAGGCGCUCCUAGGAUCCAUUCACCCUCAUUGUGUACAACUCAAUCACCCAAAGAUGAUCAUUUAUGUAUGUAUAUACAUAUAUAUAUGUAUAAGGUAUCUGUUGCUUGGAGUAUAUAAUAUAUGUACACAUAUGUCUAUAUAUACAUUCUUAAGCAAAUGUAUGUAUAUAUAUAUGUCUAUUGA